AUGGACUGGAUGAAGAUGGAAUAUCUGACUAGGGCAGAGGAGGACAAACGUCCUGACAACUUAGCCGAUGACUACCUCUUUGGCUUCGACACGGGUGAUCAUUUUCAACACUGGUACCUAGGGACUAUAGUUGUAAAUGGGUGCGCACCCAGAGAUGACAUGAAGCAUUUCACCUGCCUCAGCUUAUUGCGUAGUGUCGAACAAUGGGACCAGAUGCUUUGCUGUGCAAAUGCGAUGAGAGAGAAGGCAUCGUUUGAUGACCCGCUUGACGGACAAGACCUCCUCACAUUCCUUACCAAAAUCCUCCAGCCACAGUCAACCUCCAGCUCAUUGGACAAUGACACAAAGAGUGAGAUGCCAGAUAUUGGCCACAAGGGUAAAGGGGUUAUUGAGGAAUCGCAACUUUCUCAGCCUAGUAGGAGCCUGGGAGAGGCGAGCGAAAGGAAACGCAAGAGAAACGAAAGCCCCCAAACGCUGGACAAGGAAAUCUCUUCUAAGAAGAGUGGUAAACACCUGGAAUCUCCAUUCUGGGCCACUAUUCACAAUGGCCAGGAAUCUAUGGGUGGUAUAUGCAUCUCACAUGAUGACCCAUCAUCUCGUGCGUACAUACAUGCUGAGGCAGGCGAUUCACCACGGUUAGAAGACUCGCAAUCGCCACCAGCAAUCCCUGGCAGCCAUACUAAAAUAUCACAUGAAACGGAGACAGGCUUGGAGACAUCGGUCAAAACAGACGAGCAGGAACGACACAAAGCAGUAUCUCAGGAGCCAGGUAGCUCGUCUUUGGCGUCGCAGAAACCAACUCAGACACUAAAGCGUCAGUCUAAAUCUCCCUACUUUGACAACCAGAUUAUGCCCAGCCCGCCCAAGACGAAGAUUCCACGUCCUCCUCGGGGAACAGUCUCUUGUAUCCCCUUUCCACGUCUGGAUGCACCGGAAUUCGGCUUGAUCCAAGAAGAGCUCGCAACCGAGCCGUUUCGUCUACUUAUAGCGGUAACUUUUCUAAGACGAGUAAAGGGGCAGCAUGCAAUCCCUGUGUUCCGUGCGCUCAUGGAUCGAUACCCAACUCCCAAAGACCUGGCGGAGGCGGAUAUGAGCGACAUAGUGGCGAUGAUCAAGCACCUGGGGCUCGCUGCCGUCCGAGCUACGGCCAUUCAGAAGUACGCACGUUUGUGGAUGGAGAAGCCACCACAAGCCGACAUCCGGUAUAACGUUAAAAACUAUGAUAAUCAGGACAAUGGUGCCGACAUCCGUACGAGAGGGAUCUUGGACCCCGACGAUGUGAGAUCGUCAGAUUGGGAAAUCGGGCAUAUGACACAGGGUCGGUAUGCUAUUGACAGCUGGCGGAUCUUUUGCCGGGACGUCCUUCUCGAGCGUGCGGAGGACUGGCGAGGCAAGGGACGUGAAGGAGAGUUUCAGCCGGAGUGGAUGCGUGUGUUGCCCGAGGACAAGGAGCUCCGGGCCUGCCUUAGAUGGCUUUGGAUGCAAGAAGGUUGGGCAUGGAAUCCUAGAACAGGUGAGAAGGAGAUCUUGUCUGAUGACUUGCGCAGAGCGGUUAACGAAGGGCGAGUUGGCUAUGAUGAUGCUGGGGAACUAAAGAUUAACGAAUAA